AACAACAUGAUGGACCUGUUUGAGACCAACUCUUAUUUUUUCAAUGAUUUACGUUAUCUUGAGGGGGACCAUGGGACCUUGGAUAUGCCUGGAGUGUCUCCGCUCUAUGAGGGGAACGACAGCCCUCUUUCCCCGGGACAGGAUCCAGUACCAUCCGAAACAGGGUGUGAGAGCAGCGGGGAGGAACACGUCCUUGCACCGCCGGGACUUCAGCCACACUGCGAGGGCCAGUGUCUCAUGUGGGCUUGCAAAAUCUGCAAAAGAAAGUCGGCACCGACGGACAGGCGAAAAGCUGCCACUCUGAGAGAGAGAAGGAGGCUCAAAAAGAUCAACGAGGCAUUUGACGCGUUAAAGAAAAAGACGGUGCCCAAUCCGAAUCAGAGGCUACCCAAAGUGGAGAUUUUACGCAGUGCAAUCAACUACAUCGAGAAACUACAGGACCUGUUGCAUUCGCUGGACGAGCAAGAUCAGAACUCUGACAGUGACCCUUACACAUAUACUGCCAAAGACAACCAUGUGGCUACGAGUGAGUAUCACUGGAAAAAUAACUGCCAAAGCUGGCAGAAGAAUCUAGAUCAUUCCAGCUCCCAGAUGGCCAGAAACAGAGAAGGAGCCGCAGUAGAGUCUUCAGCAUCCAGCAGCCUUCGUCGCCUCUCCUCGAUUGUUGACAGUAUUUCCACUGACUAGACGAAAGCAUGCUGUCCCGACCACAUCUCAGAAAAGUGAAGCUCAAACAUCCACCUCACAUUUCCGACUUUUUACUAUUUCCAUGAAUGUUUUACAUGUUAUAGUUGGCAUUUCUACAAUAACUUUCAGUAAUAAAUUAUAAACAAACAUUAAUUAUUUAAUACUAUAAUUUAAUUAUAAUUGAUUUGUUGUUAUAAUAACAGAUCGGUAGAUAAUGUACAUACAAAUAUGAAAAUCAAUAUUUCAUAACAUUUCUAACCAUCUGAAUGUACAUUAAGAUGAUUCUCACGAAAUCUGUUAAGAAAAUGUCCUGGUCAUAUUUAACCACAAAUCAAUACAAUAGGCUAUAUAUUUAUUUAAGCAAUAUCACAUGAGCAAGAGUGCGAUAUGGUCCUACAUCAGCACUGCUGUGAUUCGGCCGCAGGCCGAGUGCUGUAUGUAAUCACAGAAGUGCUGAUUUAGGGCCAUAUAGCACGAUUGUGAGUGUGAUUUUGCUUAUAUACAACAUUGCAAAUAGCAAGUACAUUUUAAAACUGAGUACGGUCACAAAAAAUGCAUUUGUGCAUGGAACUACUUUCUUACGCGACCGAUCAGAAUCUGCCAUUGCUGGUUCAAACCAAAUGAUGCAUCCAAACCCUCAAAAACAUUACUUUAGAACUAGAAUCACGGCUUGGCCUAUUUUUAACAAGUUAUUGGAGAAACAAUGAUGUAUGUACUGUGUGUGUGUGUGUGUGUGUGUGUGUGUGUGUGUGUGUGUGUGUGUGUGUGUGUGAGCGUGUAUUUAUCACUUUGUGGGUACCAAAUGUCCCAAUAAGGAUAGUAAAACCCGAAAUUUUUGACCUUGUGGGGACAUUUUGUCGGACAAUUUGUGUGUGUGUGUGUGUGUGUGUGUGCGCGCGAGCGAGCGAGAGAGAGAGAGAGAGAGAGAGAGAGAGAGAGAGAGACAUGGAUGUGUGUGUGUGUGUGAUCACCUGUCUCUGUUGCCACUCCCAAUCAGAUAUGCUUUGGUGUCAGUCAGCUUUCGGAAGAUAAAGUCAUUUUUGUCAAAUGUCUUCUAUAUUCUCUGUGGAAAAAUAGCCGUCCGAGCGGGGGAAUUCCUCCCUAUUUUGCGGUAGCCGGCAAGGGUCAUUCACUAUACAAACCGCUAUCUCCUCCACCAUUGUUAUGUCCUCUUGGGAUGGGCGGAUCGAUCCUAAAGUAUCGAUACUUCCGAUACAGAUGUUGUAUCAAAAAUAUUUAUCCUCACACAAAAAUAUCGAUUCUAAAAAUACUUUUUUUUUUAAACUAGGGACAUUAUUAUUUAGUUAUCUUGAACAUGAACAAUAAUCAUAGGCUUCAAAGUGAAAUAAAAAGGAUUAGGAUGGGAACUAUUUCUUCUUCCGCUCAUUUUAACAUUCAUCCUGAAAGACACAAGCGCGUUUGCCAUGACACAAGGCUCGUUCAAACAAGAGGGAUCAGUACCUUGUGGUAAUGAUAGAAAAUCAGAGAAACUGUUUCUGGUGUAAAUUCACGCUAAAAUAACAACAUAUCUAAAGGUGAUAUUUCUUAUAAUGAGUUUGUGUGUAAUUGUUGUUAAGUAAUUAAAAAAAAUAUUAACCAUGGUUUUACUAAAGUAAUAUUGUAACCGUGGUUAAUUGUGUGGUAACUAUGGUAUAACUAAAUCCCAUGGUUAAACUAUAGUUACUAUAGUGAAACUGGUUCAUUUUUGUAGGGUAAACAAAACAGAAAUCGAAUAAAUUUAUUUUUAGGCUCACAAAUAAAAAUUAUAAUGACUUGAUUUAUGACUAAAAUAAUAUUUUAAAUUACCCAUUUUAUCCCAAGAAGUCGCAAAACAAUUAAUUUAAUAGAAGUAUUGGUAUACAAAGUGAAGCGUCUGAGUGUUGCUGUAACGUCUCUUGCCCAACCAGUACCGGAACUAACUGUUGUAUAUAUAUAUAUACACACAUAUAUAUAGUAAGUACUACUAAGUGAGUACUACUAUGAUGCAUAAACACUUUACAAACUUAAAUUGCAUAUUGUUUUUGGGGGAUGGGAAUAUUAUUAUGAUUAUAUCUUUUUUUCGGAUUGCAAAUGUGCGAAACUGUCCUGAUAAUAAUGUAAAAAAAAAUUUAUGGCCAUGAAAAUGGGCUUCAUUUCACAUUGGCAAAAUAUAAUUUCAUAUUUGUUUCUUUUGAUUUUGGAGUAAAUAGGACCAGAACAUUUUCUUGACAGGUUUAGGUAAAAUCACCCUUUUAACUUUACACUUGAUGUUUUUUAACUGUUAUCAAAGGAAUAGUUCACCCAAAAAUGCAAAUUCUCUCAUAAUUUACUCGCCCUCAUGCCAUCCCAGAUGUGUAUGACGUUCUUUCUUCUGCAGAACACAAAUUACGAUUUUUAGAAGAAUAUUUCAGCUCUGUAGGUCCAUACAAUGCAAGUGAAUGGUGACCAGAACUCUGAAGCUCAAAAAAGCACAUAAAGGCAGCAUAACAUCAAUCCAGACUCAAGUGGUUUAAUCCAUGUCUCCAGAAAUGAUCUGAUAGGUGUGGGUGAGAAACAGAUAAAUAUUAUUAAAUACAUUUUCACCUUUAACCAGCCUUGACCAGUUGGUGUUGAUAUGUACGAAGAAUACGAAUCGCCAAAGUGGAGUGAAAGUGGAGAUUUAUUUUAAAAAAGGACUUAAAUAUUUAUCUGUUUCUUACAACUAACAUAUCACUUCUAAAGAUAUAGAUAUAACCACAGCUGUCUUAUGGAUUACUUUUAUGCUGAGUUUUUCCCUUUCUGGUCACCAUUAACUUGCAUUUAUG